AAGCGUUUUAUUUCUUCCGUCUUCAUCGAAAGACCUUUCAACAUCAAGGUUUCAUGUCUGAUCUCGAUGAUCAAGUCCCCACUGCUUUUGAUCCAUUCGCAGAGGCAAAUGCAGAGGACUCAGGAGCUGGGUCGAAGGAGUAUGUGCAUGUGCGCGUACAGCAACGGAAUGGAAGGAAAAGCCUGACUACUGUGCAGGGUUUGAAGAAAGAAUACAGCUAUACCAAGAUCUUGAAGGAUCUGAAGAAGGAAUUUUGCUGCAAUGGCACCGUUGUCCAGGAUCCUGAUCUGGGGCAGGUUAUUCAACUACAGGGCGAUCAGCGGAAGAAUGUAUCAACUUUCCUUGUCCAGGCUGGGAUUGUGAAGAAGGAACAACUCAAAAUUCAUGGUUUCUGAGGGACCUUUGCCCUUGA